AUGACUGGGAGUAGUCGUGCAAUUCCGAUCCACAUGGCAGACUUUCAUAUAUUAGACACAUCUGUUGUAUGGCUUACUCUUUAUUUUUUUCUUAAUCUGGCUUUAACCUUGUAUAAUAAAGCUGUUAUGCAAUUAUUUGAUUUUCCUUUUCCAUGGACAUUGACCGGAGUACAUGCUUUAUGUGGAGCGAUUGGAUCUUAUACGUUUUACUGGUUGGGUAUAUUUCAACCUACACGUUUGAAUGAACGGGAGAGUAUGGUUGUUUUAGGUGUGGUAUUUGCAACAGUUGGUGAUUAUUACUUUACAAAAAUGGGCACAAUACUAGCAGCAUUAAAGACUGUUGUAACAAAUCGAGUUCAAGUUGGCCGUCUUAAGCUUCAUCCAUUGGAUUUAUUGUUACGUAUGUCACCAUUGGCAUUUGUUCAAACCGUAAUUUAUGCUUAUGUCACUGGAGAAUUACAUAGAGUUAGAGCUUUUAGUAAAACUGAAAUGACAACAUCAUUAGUGAUUGCAUUAGCUACAAACGGCAUUAUAGCAUUUUUCUUGAAUGUGGUAAGCUUCACAGCCAACAAAAAAACGUCAGCUUUAACAAUGACAGUUGCUGGCAAUGUGAAACAAGUUCUAUCAAUUAUUUUGGCAGUGAUAAUAUUUAAUUUAACUAUAACACCAACGAAUGGACUUGGAAUAUUUUUAACGUUGCUUGGAGGUGCUUGGUAUGCAUACGUGUCAAAAAGAUAA